GAUGAUGGUAUUUUUUUUCCUUUUUCCUAGUUACGACCAUCCAGGGUUGUAAUCUUAUAAUUUUUUUCCUGCUCUAUUAAUAGAACUUCGCACCGUCUCGUGCGAGGCGUUAAAAAAAAACAUGGUCAGCAUAUGCAGUUUGAAGCAUGCUAAAAGGUUGCUACUAUAUACAGGUGAGGUCAGUCGUUGAUAAAUGAAAACAAAGAGCAGUUUCUUUGGUUAUUCUUGGAUGGUCAUCCUCCAAUUGCUCCAGGCCUGUCGUUAAUAUAUACCUGAAUAACAGCAACAAACUCAAGCUCUAAAAUUGGCCUGACUAAUUAUGCAAGCAAGCAUGCAAGCAGCUGGUCGAUCUCACGUACUAGUAUUUAAGCGCAUCAUGUGAAGCACAAUGUUUCGGAAAUCUAAUCCCCCGCAGCUACUAAUUACUACUAACCGUUAAAAGUAGCCGCCGGUUAAUAUUCGAUCGAUCGAUCAUGUGGUGUACGUGGGCGUUGGGGCGGGUGGUGUUGGCGGUGGUGUUCCUGGUUGCGUUGGCUGCCGGCGAUGCAGCGCCGCCCAAGGUUCACCGGAACCACGGCAAGUUCACGGCGGGGCCAUGGAAGCAGGCGCACGCGACGUUCUACGGCGGGCGCGACGGGUCCGGCACGCUGGACGGCGCGUGCGGGUACAAGGACACGUCCAAGGAAGGCUACGGCGUGCAGACGGUGGCGGUGAGCACGCCGCUGUUCGGCGCCGGCGCCGGCUGCGGCGCCUGCUACGAGGUCAAGUGCGUGGACAGCCCCGACGGUUGCAAGGUCGGCGCCGCCCCCUUGGUCGUCACCGCCACCAACCUCUGCCCCCCCAACCCCGGCCAGUCCAACGACAACGGCGGCUGGUGCAACCCGCCGCGCGAGCACUUUGACCUCUCCAUGCCGGCCUUUCUGCAGAUCGCGCAGGAGAAGGCCGGCAUCGUGCCCAUAUCGUACAGACGGGUGCCGUGUGUGAAGGUGGGUGGGAUCAGGUACACGAUAACCGGGAACCCGUACUUCAACCUGGUGAUGGUGUCGAACGUGGGCGGGGCGGGUGACGUGGCAGGGCUAUCGGUGAAGGGGAACAAGAGGGUGAAGUGGACUCCGCUGAAGCGCAACUGGGGGCAGGAGUGGCAGACGUCGGAGGUCCUCACCGGAGAGUCGCUGACGUUCAGGGUGAUGACCGGCGACCACCGCAAGGCCACCUCCUGGCACGUCCUCCCCCCCGACUGGCAGUUCGGCGUCACCUACCAGGCUACCAAGAACUUCAACUAAUUCUUAUCAAUCAUGCCAACCCAACCCAACCCAACAGCAAAAUAUGAAGGCUCUCUUACAUGCAUGAAUGCUGACUACUGCAAAUCUGGAUCGAACCGAUGAUGAUCAUACUAGCUACAAAUGUAUAUAUGUGUUAACGAGGUGAAAGGAAAGCGAAGAAAUUUAAUUUGUGCAUGAAAAUAAAAAGGAUCUGUUUCAUACAAAUCGGCA